AUGUGCAAGGAAAGUCUCUUUGAGGUUAAAAGAGUGUGCAUUAAUUUGGUUCACUUUCUCAUAUCACGAGCCGACAAAGAGGGAAGCUUGGAGACAACCGAUAGUGUUACUCCGAUUGAGGGGUCUUGCGGCGACAGCAGGUAUCUGCUGUCGGGUCUAGCUGGAUCUCUGGGCACAAAAUGGGCAAGGGCAGGUGGUGAAAACGCCGGCUAUAAAGAGCCAGUUACCCGACCUUUAGUUGCGUUGGGUGCAGCUGCCCAGAGGUUUUACAACUAUUCUAUUAUUCAACUUUCCUAUAUUUCCGUUCUCUUUGCCUCCACUCCGACAGCACCCUUAGCGCCUAGAGAUCUGCAAGUUGUUCUGCGCUCCAAUAUACAAAAGUCAGGCUUUCCGGCAGUCCCAUCACUCCCCGGGACCAGAUGGACAUUACAGGCGUCUUGGAAACCGCCUCCAAAAGCUUUCUUUGCCGGACGUUCCGGAUAUGCGUACACUUCAAUGAGCUCUCGGUUUGAAGAAACUCAGGCCUCACCACUAGUCUACCGGUUCGUCUGGUCUUUGGUGGACCCCUCUGUGUCAACCUCUUAUGAGCGCCUGUCAUGGAACAAUAUGCCGUUCUCAUCGGCCUUCAAGACCUUUAGAGAUGGCGUUCCGACACAGAGACGUCCUGUGCGGGAGUUGAAUGGUACUGGAGCCUCUGCCAGUCAAGAGAGCAGAUGUGAACCAGGGUUGACCAACCCCGAGGUCGAGGGGGUUAGAAGCGCCUCGGCCAAACAACAAUGCAGAAAACGAGUGGCGCGUGGCGACUUUAGAGGAGAAGAGUCGGAAAUGGCAAAGGAGGAGGGUGCAAUGUUGGGCCUUCUGUGGCCGGAGGGUGCCUAUGCGUCAAGGGAUCAUGGAUUCAAGAUGGCGGGGCAGAUGAAUACAACUCAAAUGACCUGGAGCCUACCUGAGGACAGUUUAUGUAAGAGCUUGUCUACAUGUCGUGCAAGCACUAAAAUGAGGCGCCUACUGUGUUACUAUUUGGUGAACAAAUGCACUUGA